UACAUGGAUUGCUUAAAAAGGAAACCCCCUGGAAAUGGAAAGCUGAACAGGAAAAAGCUUUUAAGGAAUCUAAGCGACUCAUGCAGUCAUCAGAGGUGUUGGUACAUUAUGAUAGCCAAAAAGAUCUGAUCCUGUCCUGUGACACUUCCCCUUAUGGGGUGGGAGUGGUUUUGUCGCAUCGCUUAGCAAGUGGGCAGGAGAAACCAAUCAGCUUCAUGUCCAGGACUUUAACAGCCGCUGAAGUGAAUUACUCUCAACUAGAUAAAGAAGGCCUAACAGUAAUGUUCGGCAUUCAGCGCUUUCAUAAGUAUUUAUAUGGAAGAAAGUUUGUCAUUUGUACUGACCACAAACCUUUACUGGCCCUCUUCAACGAAAUGAAAGCAGUGCCCCAAAUGGCUUCUCCUCGUAUACAGCGAUGGUCCGUUACCUUGAGAGCAUAUGAAUAUGAAAUGGUUUAUAAGCCAGGGAAACACCAUAGUAACGCAGAUGCGUUGAGUCGGCUUCCUCUACCUCAGCAGUCUUUCGAGGAAGAGCAAGAAGAACGUGUUUUGAUGAUGGAGAAUGUAGCCCUCAUCUCGUCAGUGGAAAUGAGUCGAUGGACAGGUAGAGACCCUGUGAUGUCCAGAGUAGCCCAGUUCAUUCAGCAUGGGUGGCCGCCACAGGUACAGGACUCAGUUUUUCAACCUUAUGUUGUGAGGAAAACAGAAUUAAGUGUACAAGAUGGAUGUGUACUGUGGGGCUCCCGUGUAGUGGUGCCGCCACCAGGACGAGACGUUUUGUUACAGCAGCUACAUCACAGACACAUUGGUAUCAUUAGAAUGAAAGCUUUAGCACGCAGCUAUUUUUGGUGGCCGAAGUUGGACGCAGACAUUGAAAGUGUUGUUAAAAGAUGUGUCACAUGUCAAGAACAUCGCAAUUCGCCAGCUUUAGCACCACUGCAUCCCUGGGAGUGGCCCAGCAAACCCUGGCAAAGGUUACACAUUGACUAUGCAGGACCUUUUAUGGGUCACAUGUUUUUGAUCCUGAUGGACGCACACUCAAAAUGGAUGGAUGCUUAUCCUGUAACAUCUGCUACGUCAACCAUGACGAUUGAAUGUCUAAGGAAGACUUUUAGCAAUCAUGGUAUACCAGAGACAAUUGUGUCAGAUAAUGCAUCUUGCUUUGUGAGUACAGAGUUUGAAGAAUUCAUGAAAAGAAAUGGGAUUGAACACAUCACUUCUACGCCUUAUCAUGCUUCCUCCAAUGGCUGUGCAGAGCGUGCCGUCCAAACUUUUAAAGCAAUGAUGAAAAAAGCAGCUGGCGGAAGCUUGAACACUAAAGUUGCAAGAGUUCUGUUCAGUUACCGUAUAACACCACAGUCCACCAUGGGCUUGUCGCCGGCUGAAUUAUUACAAGGGAGGAAGUUAAGAUCAAUGUUGGACAGGAUACAUCCCGACCACAGAAUGAAGGUGGAACGGAAAAAAAUAUUCAAAAGAAACAUCAUGACAAUCAAAUGUUAGGAAGAAAUUUCCAGGUGGGAGACGCGGUGAUCACAAGAAAUUUCAGUCACGGUCCUAAGUGGAUCCCUGGGUUAAUUACAAAGAUGACCGGCCCGGUCUCCUACAAAGUCAUGUUAGGGGAUGGUAGCAUUGUGCGCAGACAUGUAGAUCAGAUAUUGGCCAGUUCUGAGGACAAGGAUUGGGAGGAACCAAAGUUCCUGGAACCUCUAGAUCUGCCUGAGGUGACGACAGCAGCUUCUGCAGCGACAGAGAGUCCCAGGCCUAAGGGAAAUGACUGUAGGUCAGAGACCAGCGAUCAGGAUGUGACAGAAUCUGAGCCCGAAUAUGCUAUUCCGGCCGUAUUGGACAUGCCAUCUCCUGGUACUCCAAAAUCGCCACCCCCUUUGACUGUACCUGUACGUCGGUCUGUUUGACAUUGGGUGAAGCCCAGUUAUUUGAAGGACUAUGUGUGUUUUCACUCUCAGGGUUAAUUUGGGUUAUUUUAUUAAUGCAUGUUUUUUGCAAUAUUAUACCUUUUUGGUAGGAUAUUUGGUAUUUGCUUAAGGGGGGAGGAAUGUAGUAAAUGGGAAUAUCUUUGUUACUGGAAAUUGGAGUUGUCUCUAGGGGGCAGUGGUGAUUCAGUUGGGAGUAUGGGGUGGUCAUAGGUCAUGUGAUAUACAUAUAAGGAAGUGAUCUUGCUUAUGCAUGUUGUUGUCUCUAAGUGUUGAGUAAAGACUCUAAAAGCUAUACCGUGGUCCGCUUUUCCUUUACUAAUUACAAGGAUAUUAUAUAAACUAAGGUAAUACAAAUCAUAAUCAAUCUGACAAAAACCGUUUUCAUUAUAAUAAAAUGAUGGUUAUUUUUUCUAAGGAAAACUAUAGCCUACAAAAUGAUCUGUUUGAAAGACGGGGAAGCGCACCUGUCAAUCAGCGCUAUUAUAACAGAGCGAGGCGAGAGACGAACCUGCUCAGUAACGGGAGUAAUAUGGAAUAAUGUGUGGAUCUUGAAUGAUUGUAAGAAUACAUUUCCUUUAAAUAUAAUGUUUGUCAUAUAACAUUUUGAGAGAUAAUGGUUUUUUUUCAAUUGUUAUUGAGCUUAUUUAGACUUGUUGCAGUUAUAACAGCAUGUUUGGCGUAUUUACCUCAGAGUUUAUUUCAGUAAUAUUGCUCUGUUUUUCCGGUAAUAAUAAUACAAUUUGCAUGUCACUCUUGCUUCAUUGUCUGUUGAUUCAUGUCAUUAUGCUGUUAUUUUAUUUAUGUGAGAAUAUUUCUUGCCAUAUGAGACGUUCAUUGCCGUUAUAUAAAUACAGUCGUCUAUGCAAAUAUAUAAAUAGUAGGAAAUGUAGCCUAUAAUGUAACCAUGCCUGUCACCUAUAUUUUCUCUUCAAAAGUUAUAAUGCUAAUUUAUAUUUAUGAUAUAUGUGGAGAUAAAUAGACCUUUGAUCCAUUCAUGUGUCCUGACCACUACACUAGAGAUUUUAAACAUUCUAACUAGUCUAUCAAAUAAUAUCUAAAGUAUAUUGUUUUGUGAAGAAAAAACACAGCAGGCUAUUAUAUAGUUUAUUGAUGAGGCGCUUUUCAACAGAAAGUGUCAAUCACAUGAUCAUUUAAUACGCAGAAGCAGCAGUUAGCAACGCACUGCAUAGUGUGUUUGAAAGCACAACGGAUGCUUGACGGAUCCCACCGCAUACUGCAAUACGCACCACAAACGCACUGCAUACGGAGCCGUCAAGCCGGACACCUGCUGCUUGCCGUAGUGACAUGUGCGCCGUGUUUCCUUGUUUUUAAUCGCAAAUGAAGUGAAUUAGAUGCUGAAUUUUACAAAAACAAACCUUUUAAUAAAAAGUUGCAACCAGAAACAUUUUAUAUCGAAUAUUUUAAUUGCUGCUUAUACUGUAUACCCGAAAAUAACGGGAAACAAGCCUAUAUUAUUAAAAUACCAAUAGAGUUUGUUAUUUUCAUUUUUAUUUUAUUACACGACACAAGGCUGAACUAAAGACCUUUUUAUUCAGAAAGGCUUAUUUGU